AGGAGAGUGGAGAACAAGGAAGGACCAGAAAACCGGGCGUAGCCUCUGCCAGAGGUGAGGAGCCUUUCCACCGGCCACCGGUCGUGUGCUGCAGCCAUGCUGGCCCUGGGACUGCAGGCCUGCCUCUGCUUAGCAGCCCUGCAGCUGGCGAGCAGUGGCAAGACCUUCCAAAGGGUGGAGGAGGAGCGGAGCUGGCUGGGGGCCCUGCAGUACUGCCGGCAGCACCACACGGACCUGGCCGACCUUCAGAGUGUCAACAGCCCGAGCGCCAUCAGCAGCCUCUACUUUCUCACCAGAAGCACGGAGGCGUGGAUCGGCCUCUUCUUUGACGUGCGCAUCCAUGGCCUAGGCUGGUCCAGCGGCUCCGUCUUCACCACCCCCAAGUGGAGCGUGCUGCCCGUUUUCAAGGAGGGCAUCUGCGCCACGCUCUAUUCCGUGACCGUUGUCCCCAGCCUGGGGGCCGCCUCGUGCACAGCGCAGAAGCCCUUCAUCUGCUACGAUGACCCUGCUGAGGUGCAUCGCGACCCCAUGGAGCCCAUUUUCAGCCUGACGCCCUCUCCAGAGCCAGCUGAGGUCCAGAUUGGCAGAUUGACCUUUCGGCGAUUUGACCACAGAAUGACAUGGAUGGCAGCCCUGGGCUACUGCCGCAGCCACCACACGGACCUGGCCGACCUGCAGACGCUGACUGACCAGGGAGGCAAGGAAGCCUUGAAGUCCAUCACCAGCGAGACUGAGGCCUGGAUUGGCCUCUACUUCGACGCAGCCUCUAGGUCUCUGAGCUGGUCCAGUGGCUUGGGUGCCAGCAUUCCCACCUGGCUGCAGGUGCCCAAGUUCGGGGUAGGAUUGUGUGCAGGACUCCGCACCUACGUCAACUACUCCCCCAGAGUCUAUUCAGUGGUGUGCUCCUCCCUGCAGCCCUUCAUCUGCUUCUAUGACCCCUCCAUCGGACACCGGCAGUCGGAAGCACUCCCUCUGCUCGUCAAUACUCCCUCCUUGGAAGUUACGACGGGGAUGACACCCCAGCCAGCUGUGCCCAGCGAAGGAACGGGCACUGGGGUGAGAGAGACAGCUACUGCCACUCAGGCCCCACAUAUGAGCGUGUCUAACCACCCAGAGUCUGAAGAACACACUCCAGCACCAGAAUCAGGGAAACUCUUUGGAAUCCUGAAAGCAGAUUUUAUUGUCCCGGCUCUGACGGACCCAGAGGAGAUGAAAGACCAGUUUUUGAGUGAGAUCCAAGAAGUCUUAAAGGUAACAUUAGGUCAUGAGCAAUUCAGACUGAAAUGGGUCGGCUUUGAAGUCAACAAAAAAUAGCGCAAGUCUACUGAUCUGGAGACUCCUCCUCACACAACUUACGAUUUUGAGUGAAUUGUAGUAUUGCAAUUCCUGGUAGAUGAGAAUUAGAAAUAACUCCAGCUAUGUGAAGAGGUUAACUGGUGGAAUUUCAGACCUACACCCAACACAAAAGAAAACUACGUAUGCAACCUGCAUCCCUGGAUUUUAUAGAAUGAAAUAGGUAAGCAGGAGAAGAUGGAGUUAUUAGGGAACAAUAACCGUGAGAAUGACAAGCAAACACGAACCAAAAAAAAAAGAAACCCCAACGAAACAACAAAAAUCCUGAAACAAACCCCAUUAAUCUCUCUGGGGAAUUCAGAGAGAACAGUAGUAGUCUGAGAAGCUAAGUGGGGUCUUACUUCCAAAUAAAGUGGACACUUUCUUUAUCAGCAACAAGUUACAGUGAUUUCAAAUUCUCGGUAAUGAGGAGCUCUCUAAGGGUGUUUUCACAAUACAAUAUAUGUAAAUGCUAGCUAUUUGUCCUACAUCUAAAUAUUUCUUACCUGGAAGUUGGGAAAUCAUAAGACAUUGUUCUUAAUGUUAAAAUACACCUUCAGAAUAAUG